CAUAAUAAUCGCCGGAAAGAGGAAAGAAAAACUUACGGAAAAACUGAUGCUUCAAGUUGAAUAACGCGCAAAGUGCAACGUUGAAUUUUUCUUCUACUUUGUUCACUUGCUCUCCACUAGUUCUUACUCAGUGACUUCUUCUAGGGUUUCAGAGUUGUUCGAUUCAAUCUGGAAGGCGAAAAUGUCCAACUUCUCCGAUCAGAUCAGAGCCUCCUUGUCUCUCAUCAGACGGCUCAAACAUAAGUUCGGUGCUCCUGCGGUGACCAGAUCUUUCACCACCGCUGAAGGCCACCGACCGACCAUCGUGCACAAGCGCAGUCUCGAUAUUCUUCAUGAUCCUUGGUUCAACAGGGGAACGGCAUUUUCCAUGACGGAACGAGAUCGGCUUGAUCUUCGUGGUCUUCUUCCUCCUAAUGUUAUGUCUUCUGAGCAGCAGAUUGAACGGUUUAUGGUUGAUUUAAAGAGGCUUGAAGUCCAAGCUAGAGAUGGACCAUCUGAUCCAAAUGCUCUGGCUAAGUGGCGGAUUCUCAAUCGGUUGCAUGAUAGAAAUGAAACAAUGUACCAUAAGGUGUUGAUUGCCAAUAUUGAGGAAUAUGCACCUAUAGUGUAUACACCAACAGUAGGUCUUGUUUGCCAAAACUACAGUGGUCUGUUUAGGAGGCCUCGGGGGAUGUACUUCAGUGCUGAAGAUUGUGGAGAAAUGAUGUCCAUGGUCUACAACUGGCCAGCUGAUCAGGUCUCAGUCGAUAUGAUUGUUGUUACGGAUGGAAGCCGAAUUUUGGGUCUGGGAGAUCUUGGUGUUCAGGGAAUUGGUAUAGCAAUUGGAAAGCUGGAUUUAUAUGUUGCUGCUGCUGGAAUAAAUCCUCAAAGGGUACUCCCUGUCAUGAUUGAUGUUGGAACCAACAAUGAGAAGUUGCUCAAAGACCCCUUGUAUUUGGGGCUGCAGCAACACCGUCUUGAUGGUGAUGAGUACCUUUCAGUAAUUGAUGAAUUCAUGGAGGCUGUGUUUACUCGUUGGCCAAAUGUGAUUGUGCAGUUUGAAGAUUUCCAGAGCAAGUGGGCCUUUAAGCUGUUGCAGCGGUACAGAAAUACAUAUCGAAUGUUCAAUGAUGAUGUUCAGGGUACAGCUGGAGUUGCAAUCGCUGGCCUUCUUGGAGCUGUAAGGGCACAGGGAAGGCCAAUGAUCGACUUUCCAAAGCAAAAGAUUGUAGUUGCUGGUGCUGGGAGUGCAGGAAUUGGGGUUCUAAAUGCUGCAAGGAAAACAAUGGCAAGGAUGUUAGGAAAUACUGAAACUGCUUUUGAUAGUGCAACAAGGCAAUUCUGGGUGGUUGAUGCCGAGGGUCUUAUCACAGAGGCACGUGAAAAUGUUGAUCCAGAGGCCCUGCCCUUCACAAGGAAAGUCAAAGAAAUUGAACGGCAAGGAUUAAGGGAAGGCGCUAGUCUUGAGGAAGUGGUAAAACAAGUGAAGCCUGAUGUGCUUCUCGGAUUAUCUGCAGUUGGAGGGUUAUUCUCCAAGGAGGUGUUAGAGGCACUCAAAAGUUCAACUUCAACUAGACCAGCUAUCUUUGCAAUGUCAAACCCUACAAAAAAUGCUGAGUGCACCCCAGAAGAAGCAUUCUCCAUUGUUGGUGAAAAUAUCAUAUUUGCAAGUGGAAGUCCAUUCAUGGAUGUUGAUCUCGGUAUGCAUGGAGGAACUUUUGUAAUUUUUCUGUUUUAAAGAUAAAUAAAAUGCAAUCAUGCAAUUAGAAGCAACAUUAUUCAGCAGUUGGGGACACAAUCUGUGCACACAUGACUGCUUAUACAGACACAAGCAGCAUCUUCUUUGGCGUUGCUUGUUUGAACUACCAAUCAUUGUUAUGGUUGCCCUGGUCAUUUAUAGAGAAGGCAAACUGAGCUCCAGUAACCUAUGGAUACUUAUUGUUACAUGUCAUUUUAACUUCCACAAUAUCUUUAGUUUGAUAGGAGGAGUACGGUACACAAUCUAUCCUGAAAACGGUGCUAUGAUUAUGAAGCUUUGGAAUUUUGACUUUCAAAUUUUCAGGAAAUGGACAUGUUGGGCAUUGCAACCAGGGAAAUAACAUGUAUCUCUUCCCAGGAAUUGGACUAGGUACCCUCCUAUCUGGCUCUAGGAUCAUUUCUGAUGGCAUGCUACAGGCUGCAGCAGAGUGGUAAUUUUAUUGCCCUCAUUUAUUUUGUAUGUUUGUAGAAACAGAUAUUUGCUGGUCUAGAGAAUUUGGAGCUGAUGUGAAAGUUUGGGCAGAUAAAGAGCUAGCCAUUGUAGAUGGUGAACUUAUGAAAAUACCUAGGCAUCAUUUGUAUUUUUUCUGCAAUGGAAACAACGCUUGUACUUUAUACUUUGUUUACAUAAAAAACCUCCUUAGGA